AUGUGUCCAAGCCAACAUGUAACCAGCUCGCUUCGUGGCAGCUCUAGACAUCGGUCUCGCCAAGACCCCAAUAGCCCUAGAAACUAUUCACCGCCACCGCGCUACGAACGAAGCGACAUCCAUGAAAUACAGUGCCCAAAUUGCGAGACUAUGCAAGGGUGCAAUUAUCGUUCUCUGCAAAACAGAGCGUUCUUUGUUAGCUGCACUCCUCCCGACCGCCCCAUGGGCCAAGGCCCCUCCAGCUGCGGAUCGUCUCCCUUAGUAUCAUCUCCCUACAGUUCUAUUGGAUGUUCUCCGAGCUACAUAACUCAUAUUGCUGCUGAGCCUGCAAUUCAAAGAGAAGUGUUUGAAUACCAUAGCCCUACACCACAGCCGCAUCCAUUUCCAUCUCCAUCUCCAUAUCCCCAUACACAUCCGAACUACACUUUGCCUUUGCGCGAUAGGGGUAAUACCGUUGGUUUAAGUCGUGCGAGCUUCAUGAUAGCAGAAAAUAGAAUGCAAAUGCCUGACUGGGAUCCCAGCAGCAUAUUCGACAAGCACGCUACAAUCUGCAGCAGCAGUAUGUGGAAGGCUUUUCUGAAAAUGUGCAAUAUCUAA